GCUCAUUUAUCCCGAGGGAAGAGCUGCCAGGUCUCCAGAGAGAGCUGGGGAAGGACGGCGUGAUGUGGCCGCUCAUCCCGCUGCUGCUGCUCGCCCUGCUGCGACCCUGCGCCGCCGGAGACGCCUUCACCCAGAUGUGUGACUCAUCCGUGGAUGGCAACAUCUACAAAUACCACGCCAGGACUCUAAAUGGGAGCUGCACCGUGAACCUUAGUGACUUCAUUGGCAAGCAUGUGCUGUUCGUCAAUGUAGCUACGUACUGAAAAUACACCGAACAGUAUGUGGAACUGAAUGCACUACACGAGGAGAUGAAACCUCUUGGGUUCACUAUUCUUGCUUUUCCCUCCAACCAAUUUGGGAAACAGGAACCGGGGGACAGACAUGAAAUCCUGCCAGCCUUAAAACACGUCAGACCAGGCAACGGAUUUCUUCCAAACUUCCUGAUAUUUGAGAAAGGUGACGUGAAUGGAAAAGAUGAGCAGGAGGUUUUCACAUUCCUGAAAAGCGCCUGUCCUCCAGUCGGGGACGACUUUGGCAAUGUUAACGGCAGAUUGUUCUGGGAACCGCUUAAGGUCGGCGACAUCAAGUGGAACUUUGAGAAGUUCCUGGUGGGACCGCACGGGAAGCCGGUGAUGAGGUGGCACCCAGGCAUCAACGUGUCCACAGUCCGAGCCGACAUCCGAAAUUACCUGCUCCAGUUGUACACAGGAUCCUUUUAAUUGAAUAUGAUUGUGCAAUGCUGUCCCUGUCCGUAGCAAGCGCGCAGUAGAUUUCUUUUGGUAGCAAAUAAUAGUGUGAUGUGGCAGUUUCUGAAACUGGAAGGUGGCAUGUUGAAUGAAGAGGAGGCUUGAAAACAGUAAGUCUGCGGUGUCUCCUUGGAGUCCGGGGUUCAGGUCAGCCUUUCGGUGCAUUCAGGCUGCCCUUCAACCCCCCACCACCAUGUCAUCUUCUCAUCCCAGGACCUGCUAACCAUCACAAUCUGUUAAUAAAUCAUGGGAAAGGCA